AUGGCAGACCUCGUCGAAUCAGUCCUGGCCGCCGACGCCAACGCCCAGCAUGCCGAAAAGCCGGGUCCAGCUAUCCCGGACGGGGGAAACAAGUUCCAACAGGCCAUCUCAGCCUGGAGAACCAUUGACUACACAAACCUCAUUUCGAACCUCGACAAUACCGCCUCCGAGAUUGUCGCAUACCAGAGGGAUUCGACCGUCCAGCGAAAGGAGCUAGCUCAGAAGACGAAGGACUUUAGAAAGCUCGACGAUGCCACGAAACUGUCCGAGAUCAAGGGCCUCUUAAAGGCCUACCAAACCUUCAUCGACCUCCUGACGAACCACUCCAAGUCGAUCAACUCCGCCUUCCUGCAAGCCUACACGUCUCUAUCCGAUGCCCCCGACCCUUACCCGCUGCUCGAGGCCUCCGUCGACUCUAUGCUCGUCUCCGAAGACACACUGCCGAAGCUCACCGAAGAGAACCAGCACCUGCAGAAGUCCGUUGCAAAGCUGACGACACAGCUGGAGGAGACGGAGUCGAAGCUGCAAACCGAGUCCGCGGCGAAGAAGGAGCUCGAAAGCAGUCUGGAGAGCAGGGUCAAGGAGGUUGAGGCUUCCUGGGUUGCUGUUCUCGAUGAAAAGAAGGACAACUGGGCGUCCAAGGAGAAGACGCUGGAGGAGAAGGUCGAGAACCAGGAACGCCUGCUCAACGAGAUCAAGGCGAGCUACGAGGUCAACCAGCGACUGGGCAAGACGGACGACGGCGACCAAGAGGGACAGGCCCACGUCACCAGCGCCGAGAUUGAGAUGCUGCACUCUGACUUGGACCGGACGAGCGCGCGCCUGGCAGAGAUCGAGGCGCGAAACGAGCAGCUGCGGCUGGAGCUGGCACAAGCAAAGUCGUCCGUGCCAUCGCAAGCCCCUGUGGCUUUGGAGGACGACCCAGGAUACAUGCGCAUGCGGUCCGAGAACUCGUCCCUCAUCCGAAAGCUCGACGCGGCCCGGGUCGAGAAGGAGGGACUCAAGCGUGACCUUGACAGCAGGCUGCGCGGCCUGGAGAGGGAGGUUGGUUUGCUCAAGGAGGAGCGCGACAACCUCAGGGCCAAGGUGCAGAAAUGGAGCGACUACGACGACGUGAAGCAAGAGCUCGAAGUGCUCAAAAGCAUCGAGUUCUCCACGGGCGACGAUGACGAUGUGCGAGAGGCUACCGAGAGUGCCGCCGAGGCCAAGAGCCAAGGCGACACGCUUGAGAAGCUGCUGCUGGCGCGUAAUAAGAAGCUUGGCGACGAACUCACCAUUCUACGCGUCUCCCACCAGGACCUCCAGACAAAGCUGUCCGAGCUGCAGGAGGAGAUGUCCAGGACCAACAUGGACCUGGAAAAGUCGCAGCAGCUGAACGAGCGGCUCGAGAACGACCUGGCGACGCUGCAGUCGGAGUCCUCAAAUGCCUUCCCAUCAGGCGCAUCCGUAGCCGGCACCUUCAACCGGUACGCACCGUCCGUCGCGCCGGGGCGGAGGCCUGUCGGAGGAAGGGUGUCGCCCACGUCGUCAAUCAUCAGCGGCAUCAACCCUCGCACGGUUGGCGAGGAACCGAUGGGCGGUGGCUCAGGUAUCCUGCCGAUGAUCACUGCGCAGCGCGACCGGUUCAAGAAGAGGAUCGCCCAACUAGAGGGGGAGCUAUCCGAGAGCCACCGCACCAUCUCGCAACUGCGACAGGAGGUGUCAGCCCUGCAGAAGGACAACCUCAAUCUGUAUGAGAAGACGAGAUACGUGUCGACGUACAACCGCGCCGGCCCGUCGGCGUCGUCGUCCUCGGCGGCAUACUCGUCAAAUCCCAACCCGUCGACGGUAUCGAUUGGCGGGACCGGAAACCCAGGCAUCACGAUGGACAGGUACCGCAAGGCGUACGAAUCGAACAUCUCGCCGUUUGCCGCCUUCCGAGGGCGCGAGUCGGCCAGGGCAUACAAGCGAAUGAGCUUCCCGGAGCGCGUGGUGUACUCGGUGACGCGGAUGGUCUUGGCCUCGCGGACGAGCAGAAAUCUAUUUGCGGCGUACUGUGUCGCAUUGCACCUCCUUGUCUUCUGUUCUCUAUACUGGCUCGGCACGGUCGACGUGGAGAAGCACGCCAGCAACCUGGGCAAGUCGGCAGCAGCAGCCGCCGCAGCGGGCGCCGGCGGCCCCCCAUCAACAAAAACGUCCAACAUGCGUUCCGCAACUCUGUUGGUGCCAACCCUGGCAUCUCUCGCCCUGGCGGCGCCCACAUACCCCACUCUCAACCUCCAUUCAGCCCUGCCGGGAAACAUUGAGGAUAUUUCCGAGUACUUCAACAUGCUCGCCACCAAGGUCCAGGCGCUCAAGUACCUGUCAGCCGAACCGGUCUGCGACCUGACCAAGGCCAAGAUGGUUUCUCCUGCCGAGGACCUCCCUCCACCGUCCGCGGGCCUGACUCUAAAGCACGUCGCCAUCGGCCGUGGCACCCAAAACUACACAUGCGACACCAGCAACGCAACAGCUGUGCCCGUUGCCACUGGCGCCAAAGCCACUCUCUUCAACGCGAGCUGCGUGGCUGCCAUGUACCCCGACCUCCUCGAGAAGCUGCCCUCGGUCUCGAUGCAAUUCAACCUCACCGACAGUGACGAGCAACAACGACUCGGCCCCAGCAGCCUUGCCAUCUCUGGACACCACAUCUUCCCCACCACCGGCGUCCCGUUCUUCCAGCUCGCGACCGAUGGAGUCGAGAUUGGUGACGCAUGGUGCGCAAAGAACUCUUCCAUUGCCGCGCCCACCAUGGCGGCCAAGGGCCAGCAGGGUGAGGGCGCCGUGCCGUGGCUGAAGCUUCUCACGACGGCGGGAAGCACCGGAAACCUUCAAGAGGUCUACCGCAUCACCACUGUUGGCGGCAGCGCUCCCGCUACUUGUCAAGGCCAGCCCGCCGCAUUCGAAGUUCAAUACGCUGCCGAGUACUGGUUUUAUCAAGGCAAAGCGCCCGUCAAGUCCGCAGCCUCUUAG